CAAUCUACUGCUCCACACUCCAGUCCAGAAGAAAGAAUAAGUUAUAUUCGUAAGAAUGAAACAGAGUUGUCCAAAAGCUCCUGAAGGCAUCAUCGUCAGUCGGAACAUUAUCGCAAGUGCACAGAGGGGGACAGUUAUUGCAGUUACACCAGGCGACUUCCGGAUGAACAGUCCAUGUGAUGAACAGCUGGGAACAUUUUUGAGUUCAAAUGUAUCACAUUUAAUGCAAAAUAUGGAUAAAAUGGAUAGAAAUGUAGCAGGGGGGUGUGAGGAGAUUGACUGGGGAGGAAGUGGAGCUGAAGAGGGCACGAUUAUGAAGAAUAUCUUAUUAAAGAGCAUCCACACCGGUCUUUCUUAUCCACUCACAGACUCUGUGAAAUGUUCUCUGAUUAAAGGAGACUAUCUCUACUUCCAUUAUGGCUGUGAUGGACAAGACGACAGAGGCUGGGGAUGUGGAUACCGCACCAUCCAGACUAUGGCUUCCUGGCUUUGCCAUAACUGCUGUCCACUUGAGGUCAAACGCAGACCUCCACCAAGCCUCCCAGAGAUCCAGCAAGCCUUGGUCACCAUGGGGGACAAACCAGACUCCUGCUCCGGCUCCAGGGAGUGGAUAGGAACAUUCGAAGCCUCCCUGGUCCUCGACUAUUUCUACGAUGUUCCCUGCAAAGUGGUGCACGUUAGAGGUGGAGGAGCAGAGCUGGAGCAUGUUGCAGUGGAGGAGCUCCAUCAGCACUUUGACAAGCAUGGAUCUCCAGUGAUGAUGGGAGGGGACAGGGACAACUCCUCCAAGGGGAUAUUAGGGGUGUGCACUGGGGACGAGGGCAGCUACUUGCUAGUCGUUGACCCUCACUACUAUGGAGGUCAGCUGGAGAAGACAGAGCUGCAGAGGCGGGGGUGGGUGGCGUGGAAAAGAGUUUCAUCUCUGGAUCAGUCUUCUUUUUAUAAUCUGUGUAUGCCUCAGACUGCCAAAAAAGGAACAUAAAUCAAGCAACGAACCUUACAAAUGAAUUAUUAAAUAUGAGGAUGAGCUAUAAAGUGUCUUAUUAGGACAGACUUUGCACUGCAUUUAUGAUUUAAAAUGAGCUGUAGUGCCAUCAUGUGGAUGAAAUCAAUAAUUACAAUGUAUUUGAAGAACAAACUAAACAUUUUUUGUCAUUAUUACUAUAUUCUUGGACAUGCAUUAAGUAUUUCCCUCAAUGGUUUCUUCCGUAGCUUCUAAAAUAAAUGCUUUAGUUUGGAUUAAUUUUCAAAA